CGGAACUUGCGGAACCACCGUAAGGGUCUACGCAUUUUCUUCGACGCUUACAAGGCGUGGAUGACGCUGCUGGCGGAUUUCGGAGUCAUCGCCGUGCCCGAGGUGGUCCGUUGCAACGAGGUGGAGAACCAGAUCGGCAUGGACAGGAAGCAGAAGUACGUGCGAGAUUUUCUGUUGUUUGCGCGGACGAAAUCGAGGGAGGGCUGCCCGCGGGGGUACGCGCACCCCGGGGCCGCGAAAGCGCUGAAGUUCGUUCGGCCGGGGGACAAGCUGCUGUUCAAGGAAGAAAACAUCGCGUUUUUGUUUGAACGGCAGCUGAUUCAGUACCAUUUGAUCAAGUCGAACAACAUUCAUUUGCUGAACAACCUGUACAAAAAGUCGAAAUUGGGGAAGGAAACCGCCGCCGACCCGAUGCAAGAAAAGGUGAUCAACAUCGGCUCGGCGAUCCACUCGGCUCC